CGUACAUUAUGACGUAAAUCUUACCAUAGGUUGCGGAAUCCUUUCUGUUAGGAAGUGUUUUCAAUGCUAUUCGAUUUACAAAUUCUUUGGACGAUUAUCACGAUGUGCGGUUUGUUACUUUCAAAGUGUCUUUCGACAAAUAACAAGGUUGCUCCUCUCGGCGUCAGUGAUGUUGACGCUGAGUUGCUGAAAACGGCGCGAAGUUUGAUCUCCGCUCAACGCGCAGGCGCCAAGAACGAGGUAAAGCCAGAGAUGAGCGCGUUUGUUUCCAAGUGCAGUGCGGCAGCGUAUGAUCUCAUUCUCGACGGCAAACAGACGGCAGACGGAGGACACGCCAAAGUCCCAAGAAGACUUGCUAGGAUUGAGUCGGCGCCUACACUUACCAUGGAAAUGCUACUCGAAAAACAAACGCAAGUAGAGAAUAACCGGAUCAGGCAGCUUGAAAAGAAAAAGAAGAAAGCCUCCGCAAGGUCUAGAUCUUCUGAUGCCAGUGACAGACGGGCUUCCAGAUCCAACAAGCUGCGGGAGGCGCUAGAGAUGGCCGACAAGCUCGCUAAGGAGAAGAGCGCUAGAGCCGCCGAGAACAGGGAUAAGCACUUGGCGGACGUCAAGAGCAAGGCCAGUCGCCUGGCGGGGAGCUCCCAGCAACAGGUUGUGGAGAGUGAGGCAUGCGCUAAGGUGGAGCUGCGGCAGCGGGAAAUUGAGAGGAAGGGGAAGAUGGUGGAGAUGAACAAGGACAAGGCAGCGAAGGAGGCGCGCGAAAAGCUCAGGCUGCGACGUGAGCGCGAACAGUUUGUGAAGGACCGCGCCAAUGCUCUAAAGGACGCCGACAUGUACGAUGGUUUGCGUAUUCUCGAGGGACUGGAGACGAGUGAGGACUACUGCGUCUCAGAGGAUGACGAGUGGGAGACUGAGCCCCAGAAGGAUGACGGGAACGAUGAAGAAUUCUGGGGUUAACCGCUGAUUCACGUGACCAUCAGUAUCAUAGACAUCAAAACGCCGAGCACAUCAUCUGCUGAUAUGAUGCAUUGUUUUUUUUUUUAUCUAUCAAAAUAUCAUAAUUAUAAAUUUCUUUAUAACAACAAUCUACACAUGUCAACAUUUACACAAAUUAUACAGGCCUUCAUCCGAGUAUAGCCAUUAUUAGAUUUAGCUACAAAUAAUGUGUCAAUAAUAUUGGUGUUUUAUAUUGAGAACGAUAAAAGAAUGUGUAACCGUUCACUUUGCUCCGUAUUUAAUUUACAAUGUAGUAGGCCCAGUGUCAAAUAAAAUUUUGUCUUUAUUGCCAAUUAGAUACCGGUGCUAUUUCUUGGGCCGAAUAAAUGUGGAAAAAAACAAGCGCACUGCUUCUUUGGAACCUAUUUUUUUAUUAAAUAAUGAUGAAAUCAUUAUUUUGCCGAUGGAAGUCAAACGCGUCAUCAUUUCUCGAUAGAUAAAAUGUUAUAGACGAUAGAGAAUAAGCAUGAUGAGACAAUGCGAAAAGCAGUUGUUCGGUUCACUUAUUAACGCAAGUAGCUAAUCAGUCCCAUUUAAAAACUGAAAAACGAUAAGGCGUUCCUAAAUACAAACAAUAUAUAAAUAGUUACUCACAAGCUUUAAUAAGCGUGGUAAUUUUUAUUGAGAAAUGAGACCGACAUUGUUUUCCUCGUGUACUCAUAUUUACAUCCCAGCCUUCUUAAGUUACUGUUACCCACCUUCGAUCAUCCUCGCUUUACUUCAUAUUUUUAUUCAUAUUAUCAUUUCUUUCAUUAACAGCUCGCUCUUGCAAAGAGCUCAAGAAGGCAAACCCAAACCCGAGUCCGGUAACUACAACAUAAGAACGCUAUAAGAACACCAAACGAUGUGCAGAAAAAACUUAAAAAAAAAAUUGGACUCACUUGCAACAUGGGCAACCUACCACGAGCUUCUAUUUCAGCCAAGCAAAUGCGAAAACCUGCGAGUGAAGAGAAAGAGACAGAGUUUGGAUAGAGAAUAUGUUCUCUGCGGUGGUAACAUCUGUCCCUUACCUUGGUGUCCAAGUGUCACAGGUGUCACCUUAACUGGGGAGAACAUAUCAAGAACAUCAUCUCCAAAGCAAAUAAGAUGCUCGGUUUUCUCCGGCGUUGAAUUUGGAUCUAGAAUUUGCGUUCUGGCACAUAGGGCCUCUGUUGUCAAUAAAAGCCGUGUUUCCAGCUGCA